AAACAAAAAUAUUAUUUUCCCAUAGUCUACAGAUGCUAAAUCCAACCUAUAACCCAACAACCAAAACAAAGCCCACUAUCCCCGCAACCAAACAACUCCCAUUUCGAUACCUUCAAAGAAGAUUCAAAUACAAAACCAGCUGCUAUAAAAUAACAGCUCAACACUCUUCUCGUACUUCACAUUUGUAUAUUAUUAAUCACUAUAUAUAUACAUUUAUAAUCUCACACUUCACACACUUCGUGCUCUCCGCCACCCCCCCUUUUUUCUUCUCUAAUUUUCAGAUCCGCUCUCUUUGAUCCCAUAAAAAAUGGCCUCUGUUACUGCUUCCAGUGUUAAGUUCUCAUCUGUUUCUUGCUUAAUCAAGCAAAAUCAGGUUUCAAAUCUGAAGAAGGCUUCACUGUCAUUCACCGGGAAUGGCUUCCAAUCUCGGCGAUUGCCUGUUCUUCGCUUCCGUGUUGCCUGUGCAGCCAAACCAGAGACAGUAAAGAAAGUGGUCGACAUAGUGAGGAAACAACUGGCUCUUCCUGAUGAUCGUGAUGUCAAUGGAGAGUCAAAAUUUUCUCUACUCGGUGCUGACUCUCUCGACACGGUUGAGAUUGUCAUGGGACUUGAAGAGGAGUUUGGAAUCUGUGUGGAGGAAGAGAGCGCCCAGAGCAUCAGCACCGUUCAAGAAGCAGCUGAUCUCAUCGAGGCGCUCUUGGAGAAGAAGUGCUGAACCAAUAGGUUUUCCUAGGAAAGUUCUGUAGCAAGAAAUUAUAUAUUUCAAUCAAUGUUUGUUGCUGUCUCAUGAGAAACCCUCACCUCGAGUUCAUGGUGUUGGUUUUUUUGUUUAUGUUUGAAGGCUAGCUCGUUUUCUUUGUCUUUCUUGUUUGGAUUCUAUUAAUUAUAUUUGAACUUCUCUUUUCUA